UCGUCUGCGAGUAAGCUACGGGUGUAGAGAUUAAUACUCAUCAUGAGUAACAGAACAAUUUCAGUACUCUUAAUAAUCGCGUGCGGUUUCUUCAGCUCGACUCUUGCUGAUGGGGAGCACUUCAGUAUAAUAAAAUCGGGACUUGAGAGCAUGUCCACGGUUGUAGUGAAAUACCACAGCGAAUUUGAUAGCACGGCUAAUUUCACACAACUGCAAAACGCAAUCGAUGCAGUUGAUCACUCUAUGAUCAACUAUCACGGCAAAGCAAAGUCUAAGUUAAAUGAGUUACGUCAAUUGAACUCUGCUGCGCGUCUCCAAUACGAAGGCUGUGUGGGCCCUGUAUUCUCGUAUUGCAUUUCCAUAGAUAACACACUCAACCUUUAUAUACGCUAUAUCGAGAUGGAGAAUUUGUCAGAGAGCGACAAACAGAUCUUAGUGGACAUGCUGGGUGCCUCAAUGGAAAAAGGACUGACUAUAACUUAUAAAUCAUUAGAUUUAUUAACAAAUCUUCAAGAAAAAGUGGCCAGGCUGAAGAAUAUAUUUGACUCAAUCAUACAUGAUGUCAAGUCUGACUUUGCGCCGUCCGGCGAUCAACGCAAAUUAAUAAGUGCAUUAGCUGCUCAACGUACCCGAACUAUCUGCUCUUAUUUCAUGGCUGCUUUCGUACAUGUCUUUUCAAAACUAGGCUUACAUUAUAAUAUGCCGCCAACAGAAGCAAGUUUACAGGAAAAAAUAGAUUCUAUAAUCAAGUCUUUCGAUAUUAUAUCCCGAAAGUUAGAUAAUGCCUUACGGAUUGCGAGACAAAUAGAAACCGACCUGAAGCAUGAGAAGGACAAUAUCCAUGCACUUAUCGGUCUCUUCAACGCAGUAAACAAUGAUAAGUCAGUUCUGCUCAUGGAGUUGAAGGAACCUCGACAGCAGCUUAUUGAAGUCCUUACAAACUUGAAGACCAACUGCAAGGAAUACGCUAUAUGGCAUGGAUAUGGAUCAAUAGGUGAUCGACAUCGGAGUCGUCGAACUGCGCAUCAGGCAAUCCAAAGUUGCUAUGAGGAGAAAGCGGGCGCUUUGAAGCAGCUAAAUGAUCAUCUUGCCAGUCCAAAUAUGGAUGUCUAUUCCAUUUUCAAUACAAUCGACUGUGAGGCGAUCGCUGUUCCAUAAUCAACCCAACACCUAUUCUGAGUGCCUCGUGACAGCUACAAGUCUCCAGUGCUUGCGGCCCAUAUAAAACCUUUCCAUUUUGA